CAGGUGGCCCAGCAGCCGCAGCAUGGUGUGUGCACACAUUUGAUUGGUAGAACCAUGUUUCUACUACUUAUGGUCAAAAAAGCCCACCAAAGUCAGCCUGGCGGCCUCAGGUACUUUUUUGGGCAAAGAUAGAAGAGAAAUAAAUUUCAGUAAUAAAUUAGUGAGCCAGCUUUCCCAAAGGCCUACAGGGAAUGUCCUCUAACUCUCAGAUACAUGGGGGCAGACAACCAUUUAGCCAAAUGCAGUGUGACACCGAUGAGGACUGCCUGGCUCUCUGCAGGUCAGGGCUUCCUCCCAGAACUGCACCUCAUCCCCAGGGCCAUGGAUCCGCACAACGUCCUCAUCCCACUGCAGGUCAGCUGGCACUACCUCACAAAAGUAACUGCCUUCUGGAGGUCCCUCCCCAGCCUCUGGGAGCCUGCCCCGCCUCCAACCCAUCACCUUCUCCCCUGGAUCACUGGAAGCAUCUUAGGAUCACUGCGGUUUCCUCCUGGCGCCUCUCAUCUUGGACAGCCAUGCCCCCCUCCAGGCUGUACUAAUGGCUCAGCCUGGGGCCCCAGGGACCUCCCCUACCCACCAGACUGCUCUGCCGGCCCCCUUUCCCCCCUCACUGCUGAAACCCAAUCCUCUGCGGCAGCGCCGGCUCAGCACCGCCUCAGCACGGCUCCCUCCGCAGCCCCUGCCUGCCACGGUCAGCUGCAUCCCACCUGGUCUGCUGCCGAGUCCCCAGCCCAGUGCCUAGCCCAGUGGACCCACUGCGUGUUCCUCGGGAAGGCUGAGCGGGACCGACGGGCCAGAUCAUCUCCUCCAACACUGCCAGGCUAGUGCCUCCCUGCCUCCCAGCCUUGGCUCUCUCCCACCCUCUCCUCGCCUGGCCCCCUGAAUCCUAUCUCAGCCUUCUCAGCCCCCUGACUGACCCUCUCUCACUCCGUCCAAGCCUCUCUAGCUAGUCCUCCUCCUGAGUUUUGGCCAUGAAGCCCACCUCAGGCCCGGAGGAGGCCCGGCGGCCGGCCUCGGACAUCCGCGUGUUCGCCAGCAACUGCUCGAUGCAUGGGGUGGGCCACGUCUUCGGGCCAGGCAGCCUGAGCCUGCGCCGGGGGAUGUGGGCAGCGGCCGUGGUCCUGUCAGUGGUCACCUUCCUCUACCAGGUGGCUGGGAGGGUGCGCUACUACAGGGAGUACCACCACCAGACUGCCCUGGACGAGCGAGAAAGCCACCAGCUUAUCUUCCCAGCUGUCACCUUGUGCAACAUCAAUCCACUGCGCCGCUCGCGCCUCACGCCCAAUGACCUCCACUGGGCCGGGGCCGCGCUGCUGGGCCUGGACCCCGCAGAGCACGCCACCUUCCUGCAUGCCCUGGGCCGGCCCCCUGCCCCACCCGGCUUCAUGCCCAGUCCCACCUUCGACAUGGCACAACUCUAUGACCGUGCUGGGCACUCCCUGGACGACAUGCUGCUGGACUGUCGCUUCCGUGGCGAACCUUGUGGGCCUGAAAACUUCACCAUGGUCUUCACCCGGAUGGGAAAGUGCUACACGUUUAACUCUGGCACUGAUGGGGCAGAGCUCCUCACCACUAUUAGAGGUGGCAUAGGCAAUGGGCUGGACCUCAUGCUGGACGUGCAGCAGGAGGAGUAUCUACCCGUGUGGAAAGACGAUGACGAGACCCCUUUUGAGGUGGGGAUCAAAGUGCAGAUCCACAGCCAGGAGGAGCCGCCCAUCAUCGACCAGCUGGGCUUGGGGGUGUCCCCAGGUUUCCAGACCUUUAUCUCUUGCCAGCAGCAGCAGCUGAGCUUCCUGCCACCGCCCUGGGGCGACUGCAGUUCAGUAUCUCUGAACCCCAACUAUGAGCCAGAGCCCUCUGAUCCCCUGGGUUCCCCCAGCUCCAGCCCUCCCUAUAGCCUAAUGGGGUGUCGCCUGGUCUGCGAGACCCGCUACGUGGCUCGGAAGUGUGGCUGCCGAAUGAUGUACAUGCCAGGCGGCGCGCCAGUGUGCAGCCCCCAGCAGUACAAGGACUGUGCCCACCCUGCCAUAGAUGCCAUGCUUCACAAGGACGGUUGCGCCUGUCCCAACCCGUGCGCCAGCACCCGCUACGCCAAGGAGCUCUCCAUGGUGCGGAUGCCGAGCCGCUCUGCCGCGCGCUUCCUGUCCCGGAAACUCAACCGCAGCGAGGCCUACAUCGCGGAGAACGUGCUGGCCCUGGAGGUCUUCUUUGAGGCCCUCAACUAUGAGACUGUGGAGCAGAAGAAGGCCUAUGAGAUGUCGGAGCUGCUAGGAGACAUUGGGGGCCAGAUGGGGCUGUUCAUCGGGGCCAGCCUGCUCACCAUCCUCGAGAUCCUAGACUACCUCUGUGAGGUGUUCCAAGACAAGGUCCUGGGAUAUUUCUGGAACCGAAGGCCCUCCCAAAGGCACUCCAGCACCAAUCUGGUAACAGCCCCUCUUCUGGAGCCCCUGCCAACUCCAAGGGUGCUAGGCCCCACCCCUGAAGCCUAAGACCACCAUCCCACCCCAGCUGAGGAAAAACAGAGGCAGGAGGGUGUGCAGCAAUCUUGACUGGUCCCUGGGAGGAGGACCUUUUCCCACCUCUGACCCUCUCCUCCUC